AUGUCUCGAACAAGACCUCUGAACCACCAUCGAUUAGGCAAUCUCGGCACCUCGAUCCUCCAAAGCCUCCUAAACGCGCCUCCGGACUCCUUCUGCGGCAUCACCCAAUUCAUCGCCUGCGUGUCAAGCGAAUCCUCCGAAAGACGCCUCAAAUUCGUCUUCUCGCGGUACGAAAACGUGCAAAUCACGCGAGACGACAACGUUUCCGCCAUCAAGAGCUCGCAUGUGAUCAUCCUGGGCGUCGAUCCGUCCCAAGUAGAAGCCACAUUAAGCGAUAUCGCGAUUAUAGAGGCAUUACGGGGGAAACUGCUCAUCAGCAUAGUAGCAGGCUGGACGCGCGAUGCGAUUGAAAGACUCAUUGAUGCGGAGUGGGAGGUUUGGGAGGGUAUUCGGGAUCAAGAUACGAGAGGAGCUUGGGUUCUACGUACACUACCGAAUGUGGCGGCGCUUGUCUCGCAGUCUUUGACUGCUAUUGAAGAUCAUCCUUCACCCACCUUCCCACCUCAUUUCAAAGAUAUAGCAACAGCCAUCUUCACGCAAAUCGGCAAACCCAUGUCCAUACCAGCCGCCCUCAUGCCCGCUACAACAGCCGUCUCAGGUUCCACACCCGCAUUCUGGGCCAUCAUCGUCGACAGCCUCAUCGACGCUGCCGUUGCUGUUGGGUUACCCCGCAAAGUAGCUCAGGAGCAGAUCUACCAGAGUAUGAGGGGCAGUGCGGAGAUGCUUCAGAGUGGGAUACAGCCGGGCGAGCUGAGGGAUAUGGGAACGAGUCCGGAGGGGUGUACGAUUGCGGGGGUUAUGGUGCUGGAGGAAGGUGGAGUGAGGGGUGUGUUGGGAAAGGCGUUGAGGGAGAGCGUUACGGUUGCUAGGGCUAUGGGGAGGGUUGGGGAGAAGGGUGAGGAGGAGGUGCAUGUUAAUGAUACUAGGAAGAUCUAG